AUGUCGUCUUCUACUAGCCGCCUCUCGUCUCCGUCACGGCCAGCGCCAACAGCGCCGUCACCUGAUUACGCCGUCAGACAGGACGCUCCUCCUUCCGCAGGCCCCGAUGGCCGUAGUAGCACCAACGGGAAUGGCACCGACAGUGCACGCGAGCAGCUGCAAUCCAGACCAAAUCCCCUACUUCCUCCAACCAUCCUGCACCCCUCGCCUGCCUCCACAUCUACAGACCCGUCACUGCGUCCAAAAGCACUCCACCUCCAUCAUGGCAGACCUGUCCAUUCGUCUUCCCCCAAUUCUGUCGCUUCCUCGCGAGAAACCUCACCUAUACCGCGCAUACCGCGCUCGACCAUUGCCCAUCCAGCCGCCCAUUCAUCGACGCCCACAUCUCGAUCCAUCUCCAGGUCAAGGAAGAGCAGCAGGGAUCUCAGUGUCCCUCGUUCCCCAAGCGGAGGUGCCGCUACUCACCCCCCUCAAUCGCAAGGGCAGAACGGCCAGAAACUGCUUUCGGAAGUGAAUAAGCCUCUACUCCCUCCGCCGGUCGAGACAUUAAGCCGACUCUCCCCAAUCUCGCCGUCGUUCACUAACAAGUCAAUCGACCUCCAAUCUCAACGCUCUCCAGGGCUGAAGUCGCCUCAGCCACAAUCUAAUCUAUCAACCUUCUGCCUGCCGGCCACCGUUCCUGAAACAACACGACAACAGUACAGGGAGAAAGAUAGCGGAUGUCAGCAACCAUAUCAACUGCAACUGCAACCGCAGCAACAACAGCAGCAACAACAACAGCAGCAGCAGCAAUCCGAGAAACAGGCUGAAGACUUUGAGGAUAGCCAGAUGCGGAGUAUAAGUCGUAACCUGUCCCGCGCAGGGAGUGUGGCAGGGUCUAUGCUCGAAACUGUUGAGGAGGCAGGGACUCCAACACCAACGGAUUCACAUACCACCCUCGACUCUAAACUAGAUGAGAAGGAAAAGGGGAAAGAUGACUCCUUGUCUAAACCUGCCGGUGAAAGUGGCUCGGACUCUAGCGGAAGGAAAGCCAUUGCUCGGCCCCCCACUAACCCAAAUCGAAGAAAUGCAUCAGCUACAACCAGGCCAACUGCCGGUGAUGUGUUACCGAAACGGUCGUUUACAUCCUUGAGUGCUACUCGAGGAAAACCAGGGGAAAUUUCCAUGACCAACAUGACCGUUGAGACGGAGACUGUUAGUUCCGUACCGCAAUUACCCCUGGGCGGCGGAACUACUGAACGUGGAGGGCCUGGCACAUUAAGAGAACGAAGGAGUGACGAGACCAUCAGGCCUAAGAAGGAGAAGAAGAAAUCGAGUAGAAAAACCACAGUGCCGCCUGGAGCAUUGUCGUCGAAGGCGGAUAUCUUCGAAGCUAAAGUUGCUAGUGCUGUGGACGAUGCGGACUCUUCCGAUUCUGCAGAGACAUUUGUCUAUGAAUCCAAUCCUCGUGAUCCCCAUCCUGCUCGCCAGCAUAGAUAUCACUCGAGAACUCCGUCUGCUGCCUCAGCUGUUAGCCAGUUAGACCAGUACGGUGGCCGCACGCGUUCUACACUCCGCGAUACACCUGGCUUCCAUGGAAUAUCUGGAAAACGAAGUAUGAAAUUCACAAAUACUACCUAUAAUACAUUUGACGGCGACGACAAUAUGUCUUCGGGACGAGGGAGCUCACGAACCAAUGGUCAUGGCCACAAUAUACAUACCACAAGACACCACACUGGCCGACAUGCACGCAACGGAGCACACCCAUCACUCUUCGACCAUGCACGGUUCUUCUCGCAACAGUCGCCUGGAGCCAAGGGAUUACGAUAUUCCUCGGUUAACAGUAACGGUGGGCCUCAGCGUUUCACCUCCAAGCAAGACGGCGACUACGGUUACGACUUUGACGCUGAAGGUGCAGACGACGAGCGCGCACCCCUUGUCGGCAGUUCAAAUGGCCGUGCUCUCCGCUCCCGUCAUGGCCGCCGACCAGGCAGUUCUAGCCUUCGACAGCUAGAAUAUAUGGAGGAACGACGCCGUGGAUGGUUUGCGCGCGUCACCCUCUGCUCACUCCUGCUUAUCUGCAUCAUACUCCUCGGCGCUGGCACCGCGGUGUUUAUCGUCGGCGUGACCAAGGCGUUGAGCAAUGUGCAGAUUCGCAGCAUUCAAAAUGUGCUGGCUUCAGAAGCAGAGCUAAUGCUGGAUUUGGACGUCCAGGCUGUUAACCCGAACAUCUUUACGUUAACGGUUAAUUAUCUAGAUGUGAACAUUUUUGCGAAAAGUAAAUUUCUAGACGUUGAUACUAUGGACUUGGGCGAAAUGCGAAUACUUCCUCGCACAAGCGAUAGUAAAUCGCGCGCUAUCCUCUCCCUCGCAGCGAGAGGAGUAGAGGCGGAUUCCGCAGUCAUCUCCAAACGAGAAACGAUAGAUGGAAAAGUCGACAAAGGCACUGACCCCAUUCACGACCCCUCGGAUCCGAAUCCGCAAACGAUGCUCCUUGGCCGCGUCUUUCAUCUCGACUCACCGCUUACUUUCACUCCUUCACCGUGGAAACACAUCGCAUCCAAUUCAACGGCUCAAAUCCGUGUUCCCAAGCCAGGAAAUAGGACCGAAGAAGGCGGCUCAUUGCGUUGGGAAAGGAUCUUGCAGCAUCCUUUCGAGCUGAUUGUGAGAGGUGUUGUGAAGUAUGAGCUUCCGCUUAGCUCGAUAGUACAGAGCGCACCGGUUAGUGCAAAGGUUGCUGUCCUACCAGAUAAAGGGAUUAUAAAGCCUACGCCUACCUCUAUUACUACCUCAAUAACGCCAACGAAGACUGUCACGGCGGAGGUGCUAGCGGAGACAAUAAAGUCCGCGUCAAUAACGCCAUCCCCGCCGCCUCGAUCCGAUACUAACAUCCACCGGCCAUAG